UGUUCCCGCUGCCGCUUUGCUGAUUCAGAGCCUCCCGUGUCUCGCGGCGAGGUCCUCCCCGGUCUCCUCGCGCUCACUGGCGGCGAAUGAAAUCACUUUCGAGGCGUCUUUCGCACUUAGGUUGGAGUUUGUUGCCGUGUUAUUAGCCUAGAAGCUAACAACUAGCAUGUCAGCUCGAGUAUGUUAGCAGCGGCUUUUCUGUCCACGGCUACUGGAAGAUACCGUGUAAUAUAGCGUUAAAUUACACUUUAAAGCUUCCCCAAGUGUUUCAACGACCGCUGGGCUCGUUUUUGAGUCGAGCUGGAGCUCUUUUUCUCCUGGGACCUGAGGCAGAUUUUGCCAACUCACACUUGGCUAAACGACGUCCAACCCCUGGCUGUGAUUUGUUUUCCCUCUACAUGCUAACCUAGCAGCCGGGCUUCGUCGCUUGUUGUGCAAGUUUCAGCAACAUGUGAGACUGGUCUUACGGGUUCAAAACAAGCCAGGGGAGAAAUGAUCGUAAUAACGCCCCCGACGGAGGUGACUUUAGGUGAAGUUAGCACAAAGGCUUCGCUUCAUCGCUGGUUCCUUUCCUGUCCUGUGCGGGGUGUUGUGGCUGGAGCCGUCAUCAUUGCGUCGGAGUGGAGUUGCCGUGGAAGCCCUGACGGGGCUCAGGAGGAUGGUGGUAGCGGAGAUGGACUGGGGGAUGGGGCAGACCGUGGAUUGGAUGGCGACCCCGAAGGAGUGUGGAGUCCAGACAUUGAGCAGAGCUUUCAGGAAGCGCUGGCCAUCUACCCUCCAUGCGGCAGGAGGAAGAUCAUACUUUCAGACGAGGGGAAGAUGUACGGUCGAAAUGAGCUGAUAGCGCGUUAUAUCAAGCUGCGAACGGGGAAGACACGCACACGCAAACAGGUGUCUAGUCACAUUCAGGUUCUGGCACGUAAGAGGGUACGAGAAUACCAGGCGAGCAUCAAGGUCUCUAGUCACCUGCAAGUCUUGGCCAAGCGAAAGUCUCGUGAGAUUCAGUCUAAGCUCAAGGCCAUGAACUUGGACCAGGUAUCCAAAGACAAGGCGCUGCAGACAGUAGCCAACCUCUCGUCAGCUCAGAUUGUGUCUGCAAGUGUAAUGAAACCUCAGACUCCCUUCCCCCAACCAGUCAGAUUUUGGCCCGGCACUAUGCCAGGACAGCCUGGACAUUCUCAGGAUAUCAAGCCAUUUGCACAGCCGCCGUACACUACACUACCGGCCCCUGUCCCUGCAGCUAUCAGUUAUGAGCCCUUGCCUCCCCCUCGACCUGCCACUAUAGCAGCUCCUGUGUGGCAAGACCGAACCAUCGCUUCAGCAAAGCUACGGCUACUAGAGUAUGCUGCUUUUAUGGAGACCCAAAGAGAUCGAGAGACGUUUAAACACCUGUUUGUGCACAUCAGCCCGUCGAACCCGGGCUACACUGACCCUGUGUUGGAGUCCAUAGACGUGAGGCAGAUUUACGACAAGUUCUCUGAGAAGAAGGGAGGUCUGAAGGAGCUGUAUGAAAAAGGGCCACACAAUGCAUUCUUCCUUGUCAAGUUCUGGGCCGACCUGAGCGGUGACAUUGAGGAGGCUUCUGGUGCCUUCUAUGGGGUGAGCAGUCAGUACAGUGGAACAGAAAACAUCACGAUCAGCGUCUCAACAAAGGUCUGCUCCUUUGGUAAACAGGUGGUGGAGAAGGUUGAGACUGAAUACGCGCGUAUGGAAGGUGGGAAGUACAUGUUCCGAAUCCAGCGUUCACCCAUGUGUGAAUAUAUGAUCAACUUCAUCCACAAGCUCAAACACCUGCCGGAGAAAUACAUGAUGAACAGCGUGCUGGAGAACUUCACCAUUCUGCAGGUGGUGUCCAACAGAGAAACCCAGGAGACUCUGCUGUGCAUCGCCUUCGUGUUUGAAGUGUCCACCAGCGAACACGGAGCACAGUACCACGUGUAUCGACUAGUUAAUGACUAGCAGCACUUGCCGUGCUCGCAGAGACUCUAAAGACGUUUUGAUACAUCAAGCAUAAACACCAUUUUCAGCCCCGGCACACAGAAUCCUCACUUUCUUCUAACACAUACACUCUUAACAGACCAACAGUCGCACUGUAGUCACACCUAAUGUUUAAUGUGUGCUGCUGAAGAGCAUGCACACCUUCCUGCAAGAGCCCGGGACGUGGAUGCUAAAGUGAUUAACCAGGCAUUUGUUAUACAGUCCAAACAAGUGAUGUUCAUCAUAUAUGGUGGUACAUGUGGUGAGACACUAAAAUGAAAGCAGAGAACUUAAAACGCAGGUGUGACUGAUGUGAGGCGAGUUUGAAUAUAGGCUGGCAAACAAAUCAUUUAAUCAGUGUUACUAUAACGAUGCCACAAUAACUAUGUCUUCUAUGGUUUGUAUUCUCUCUACACAGAAUGAGCCGACAAUGCUGUAUUUCCAGUCACUGCUUUAAUCAUCAUUGCAUGAGCGAGCGCCUGGUUCUCCGCAGGCCGCCGCAGCGUAACAGUACAGAUGUGCAGGUUUGAAGUGAAGCGCGGGGUCACGGAGAGCCAGCCGCCGGCGCGUGUGUGUGUGUGCGUGUGUACGUUUGCUGUUUAAAGGUACAUGGUGCAGCAGGAGGGAGUGUGAUCAGGUCUCAAGAAGGCGAAACGUUUGCCUCACGGGAUGUUUUAACCAACUACAACAUUCACACUACAGCAGAAGAGAACUAAUUAUUUUACUGUGCGUUGACACAAUACUGUUUUUACUCCAACUGUGUGGGCUUGCUGCAGUAUUUCUACCUCCACAUGAGUUGGUAUAAGAAUGUGCUUUGGUUCAUAAAGCCUUAACCUGAGGAGCACUGAUGUAUAGGACAUAUACACUACACUUGUAAUGGUACAAUGUAUGAGGCCAAAACAAGGUUUAUAGACUCGAUUUUGUAAAGAUGAACUAUCUUUUGUAUUUUCACCAGCACAGCUCAAAGUGUUACACUAAGCAUAAAAUGGUGGGGUUUUUGUUUCUUAUUAAAUGUUUGAUGUAUACAAAGUGAUGUAUGGUACAGAUCACAGGAAGGUCAGCCACCGUGCACUGAGGUAGAUUUUUAAAUGAUGACACUAACAAACCAUCCAGCUCGCACCUGUUUUAAUGUUUUUAUGUAAGGUUGUGGAUUGUUGGUACACGUGGCUACCAGCGUUUUUAUAGUAAUGUAAUGUAAUGUCCGCUCCUCGCAGGACUAUCUCUAACCAUGUUUUUGAAUUUUUAACAAAGAGACUUCUGAUUUUGAUUUAAAUAAGAGAAACUGUCAAUCUUGGAAUUUCACACCGUCUCUUUAAUUGCUUUCCUGUCAGUGAACGCUGGUUGUUUGCACCUCGUCACUUCUUUGUCCAAAUCUACUCAUCGAAUCCAAUCUGUGCCUUUUUUUUGUUGUUGUACCAAUAAAGUCACAUAGUGUGUGCAGA